AUGAAUAAUCAUAGUAAUUAAUUUGAGAUAUUACCAAAAUUGAUUACUAAUCAACAAAAACUGCUAGAUCCGAAUCACAUAAGAAACACAUAAUAGCGUCAUUCUUAGAAUGAAUCAAAGAUCUUGCCUCAUUUAGAAAGGAGAUCUGUGAUAUAGGGUAAUUCUAAGCAAAUGGUAGUUUAAAGAUUUAUGUAUAGUUUCGAUUACAAUACGAGAAACUUUGGAACAACUUGCGAUAGAGGUUUCUAGGGAUUAUCUAGUUAUCAUCUAUCUUAAAAAUUCGGACAUAUUGGCACAAGAUUAUAGCCAGUUGAGAGAAACAUUGUUGCUGAUUUGACUGAUGGAGAAGAUGUGGAAGAAGUUAAAAAGGAUGAAAGGUUGUUUUAUAAGAAAAUAUAUAAAUAUAAUUAAAUGCCUGUUGUGGCAUUGAUAAAAUCAUUUGAAAUAGAUUGGAUCAAGGAGAAAGAAGAUUAGGUUAAUAGAAAAUUAUCAUAAAGUCUAAUAUUAAAUUUUUAUACAACUCUACAAAUUCUAAAUACUCAUCAAGAUUACAUCGAAUUUUUUAUCAAAAACUUAUAACUGUUAGAAUUGAAUACCAUAGCUUUGAAGCAUAAAGGAUUAAAUUAGUUAAAAACUAAAGUCAAUAAAUUUUCAAACGAUGAAUUUCCAGCACCUUUUACAAUUGUAUCAAAUCAAACUGGAUAAGGAUAUUUUAAAAUUCAUCUUCCGAAAAUUGAAAUUUAUUUUUAAGAAUACUAAUAUGUUUAAACUAUAUCAUUGUCACCCUAGAGGCUACAUGAAUUGGUUAAUAAUAAUUUCUUUUAAGUAGCUGAAAUAGUUUCAGAGAUAAAUGUUGAUUUUACACUGCUUAAAUAUAAACUAUUCAAAUAAACAGAAAAUUAAGUAAAAGUAGAAUAAAAAAUUGAAUAGAAGGUACAACCUUAGUAGUAAAUUUCUGAAUAAAUCUAAGUGCCAUCAAAAAUUGAAUCCUAAUAAAAAGUAUUAGUCACUAAACCAACAAUCCCAGAUUUAGCAAUAAUAAUAAAUGAAAAAAAAAGUGAAUUUCCUCAAAAGAUUUUGAAUAAGAGAAUGAUCAAAUGUGUUGCUUAAAAGGAUGCAAAAACUUAUUAUUGUGUAGAUUUUUUACCAAUCUAAUUUAUAAUUAAAGAAAAAGUGUCUUAAAAAACUGUUAAAUUGUAUUCUCCAAGCUUUUAAGAAUUUAAUGAAUUUCUAACCUAAUUAGGAUCAAAACAUGUGAAGCAAGUUGUAGAUGAAUACUUAAUUACUACAUUUGAUCUUAAACCAGAAGAUUUUGAUUACAAAGAAUUUAAGAAGGGAACAUAAAUUAGUUUUAAUUUUCCAACAUUUUCAGAAUAAAAUUUAGAAAUAACUGAAGAACAUCUUAAUAAUGGAUUACUGUCGGUAUUUAUAAAAGAAAUUGAGAUAAAUAAUAAAGAUUUAUAAAUUAUCAUGGAACCUUGUUCCUUUGGAAUUUAUAACCAAUUAACUUGCACUACUGAGAGGAGAAAUUGCACAUCCAAAGAACUAAAUAAUAUAUUGUAGAAAAAAUACUAAGUACAAUUUUAACUUAUAUGA